CCAAACAUGGCGGCCCCCAAGGAAUGAUUCAUGCUGCCUGUGGACACCGGUCCAUCCUGCUUCUUGUCGCGGUCUUCAUAGUAGACUUCAGUCAUGUUCGCCAAGCCCUUCAAAGUGAAGUCCAACACGGCCAUGAAAGGCUCGGACAGGAGAAAGCUGCGAGCCGACGCCGGCUCAUCGUUCCCUGCACUGAGCACCGACAACCUGUCUGACCUAAUGCCGCCCAAAGAAGAGCUGAAUGUUGUAAAGGUGUACGCUCACAAGGGCGAGUCCCUGUCCAUCUACGUCCACAGCAAGAAUCCCAUCUGGUUUGAGUUGGAGAGAAAUCUUUAUCCAACAGUGUACACUCUAUGGACCUUUCCAGAUCUUCUCCCCGCUUUUACCACUUGGCCACCGGUGCUUGAAAAAAUGGCUGGAGGAGCAGAUCUGAUGCUGCCAGGAAUUGUGGUGCCAUCUACAGGUCUCCCAGAGGUACAGCGGGGCCAACUGUGUGCAGUCAAUUUAGUGGGGAGCAGGGCUCCUGUAGCAGUUGGUGUGGCCACUAUGUCUACAAGAGAGAUGUUGGCAUCCGGAAUGAAGGGCAAAGGUUUCAAUAUUUUACACACGUACAAAGAUCAGUUGUGGGCUUCUGGUGACAAAUCAGGCCCUCCAGUCAUUACUGCGGUCAUUACUCCCAUGGAGACAGAGGCUGCAUGUGAAGGAGAGCAGGAGGAACAGUUACUCUCUCACAAUUCGGUAUUAGAAACAUCCAUACCUGAAACACAACUGGAAAAUUUGUACCUGGUUGAAGUAGCAGCUGCAGCAUGUCACGAGGGUGAAGACCUGGCAGCAGAUGAUGAGAGACAUGAAACACAGGACUCUGAAGAUUGUCACCAAUCUCCACAAGAGGUCAUGGACAACUUACUCAAUCAGUGCUUCUUCCAUGCUUUGAAGUUCAAGGUGAAGAAGUCAGACCUUCCACUGCUUACCAGCACCUUCCUAAGAAAUUACCUUUUCUCCUGUUGCCCUGAAGGACAGCAAGUGGAUAUUAAGAAGUCCAGUUACAAAAAGCUGUCCAAGUUCUUACAGGUUAUGCAGCAGCGUAAGAUUCUGCAGGUAAAGGAGCUCAGUAAAGGAGUGGAGAGUAUCGUGGGGGUGGACUGGAAGCACCCAGACAUCAGGUCUUAUGUUGCCCCAGUUUCAGAGCCACCUGCAGAAGACAUGGAUGUUGGAGCAGAGCAUUUGUAUCAACCACCUGAAAUUCUCACUCUGUAUGGAAUUUCUGCCAAGAUGUUGCCUCUGUUCCAGGAAUCGGGCCACAGGAAAGGUGACCUCCUAACUCAGAGCGAUGUCAGAAGUAUGAUCAUCUCUUAUGUCAAGACUAAUGAACUUGUCCACCCUGGAAACAAAAACUUUGUGACGGUUAACCCUGUGAUAUGCGACUGCUUGCUGGAUAAAUCUGAGCACAAUGACAUUACUUUUCUCCAGUGGGACGACCUGGUCACAAGGUGUCUAGAAAGAAUGCAGCAUUCAUAUCAAGUCACCUUCCCCGGGUGCUCUCCUGUUAUUCGGAAGGGCAACAUUGAGCACAUUGACAUCAGCGUGGCACAAAGGGGUUCAAACAAAAAGGUAACAAUGAUUAAGAACCUGGAGUCGUACGGCUUGGAUCCCUCAUCCUUUGCCAGCUUGUUACAGCAAAGAGUUCAAGCCAGUGCCACCUGCACCGCACUGCCAGGAGCAAAAGACAGAGUCCAGGUGCAGAUUCAGGGCAACCAGGUGUCACAAAUAGGGAAGCUGCUGCUAGAGCAUUUCAAGAUUCCUCGGAAGUAUGUGAAUGGAUUAGACCUGUCAGCUAAAUCCAGCAAAAAGAAAUGAAAUAAACCCAUUCCCUAUUACGUGUUUGCGUCAGAUGAGUCUGUAUAGGACAACAUAGGAAGAAACAUCAUUUUAAUAAAGUGACGGUAGAUAAACAACCACAAGUAAGCAUAGGCUGGAAAUAGUAUUCGGAAACAAUAGCUAGGUUUUGCAGCUUAGACUGGCUGAAACUUGGAUGAGGCUAUACGAAGGGAUUCUUUUCUAAAACCUAUGACUGCGGUUAUAAGACAGAUUGAUUUCUGAAAAGUGCACUGGACACUUGUAGUCGAUUUCAGUGUCUAGUUGUAUCAUAAACUAGUUAAUCAUAUAAAGUAUUCUAUAUCUUCAGGUAUAUAUGCCCACUUAUGAUCUCCCGCCAGAUCUAUUCUAAUUUAUAAGAACCAUGUUUGAUACUUUGCGGGUGUCAUACAGUUGAUUCGGUAACUCUCCCCCCCAGCAUGCUGUAGCGUCCGCCCAUGUGCAGUGUGGGAUUGGGCAGUUGAUCAUGGACUGGGUGUAACUGUUAAAGGAUAAAUUGCAUUUUCUAGCACAAUCUCUGACACACUGCAGUUACAAUUUACAUAUAAUGUUAAGUAACUUUGUCAUUGCUUUACAUACUUGAGGUUUCUUUAUACCAGAGACCAGUAUAUUGUGGCAGCUCAGGUGGUGACAGCUGAGCAUGAAAGCUCUAGGACAGCAGAGUAAUGAUACUGUUUCCCACGACCAUGACCAACAGAAUUUCGAGAACAGUACAGAAAUGGAGAACGAAGAAAAAAUAUUAUAUAAUUUAAAAUUGAUGCAGAAGCAGUAAAGCAAAUUGAAAUGUUACUCUGCUUUUAUGUAGAAUUAAGACAUAACCAAUCAUUCCCCUGUGAAUAAAUGAUCUAUGUUUUUUUGGACAGAGAAUGAGAUUAAAGCGGUAUUCCGACAUUUUAAUUUAAUGCCCCCCUUCCCUUUUGUCUACAGAUAGGGCUGUAGAGCACACUGCAUCUGCACAGACAGACAUCCUCGAACUUACUGCUAACCUCAUGCAGGUCAGUGCCCAACGGCCGGCCUGGUUACGGGGUGAGAUAGUAUUCUAUGCUCUACAGCGCAAGCAAAGAUUCAUUCCCGAGCAUGUGCUGCAUUUAUGGGGUGAGGGGGACAGGCCAUGAGCGUGUUCAUUGUGGGUUGUAACUAGGUUAGGAUAACAUGCACAAUGUCCAGGAACUGCCAGCAGCACAUCACUGGCUGGUUGGCAACUUUUAAAAAGUAUUAGUGCAAAUGAUAUUAGUCUCCAUAAGGAGGGGUGGGGUGGCAUAAAA